AUGAUGCGGCCGCCGAAACACGUGCUCCUAGAACUUGAUGAUGACGGCGACCUGCACUCGGUUGACGGCGACUCCGACGCCCCGGCCGAGGCCCCGACCCGAAGGGCCGGUCUACGCGCGAGACCGAAACAACGCGACCUGAGUUGGGGGCCCGGCGAUGGCUCGGAGCCGAAAAAGCCGAGGACAGCCGCCCAAUUACAGGUUGCGGCGCUGCGGCGGCGGCCCGGGCCGGGAAAGGGGGAAAAGACAGUCAUCCUGAUGCGCCGCAUCGGCGACGCGUCGUGGCGGCGCUUCGGCACCCAGAAAGACGCAGCGAAGGCGUUCGGUCUCUACCAGUCCGAAGUCUCGUACCUCAUCAACGACCGAUCGAAGGCGUCCUCGCCCGCGCGCCGGUUCGAGGCUCGACGCGUCGCGGCCACGGCCUCCGUCUGCGACGGGCCAUCUCGACGCGACAAGUGUGUUGAGGGGUCGGCCCAGCAGAAAAAAAACGGCAAGUGGAUCGACAGCCACAUGUUCCCCGGCCGCGAGUUCGACGAUCUCGACGAAUACCGCGCGGCCAAGAAGCAGCGCAAGGAAUUGCGCACCUCAUACUACGCCGUCAACAAGCACAAUACGCACUAAGAAGACCUAAGAAGACCUAAGAAGAUUUACUAA